GUUCUGUGGCUUUGCACACAAACUCUGCUGUUGGCCAAAGUCUCUGUGGGUUUUUGUUCUCAGUUCUUCUUUGACAAGGCUUGUUCUGUGCUACACAGUUCCUUUUCUUUGUUCAGUCUUGCAUUUCUGCCACAGAGCCACAAAUAUCUCCAGCGGGAAUCAGACAGGGACAGAAAUGAAGAGCCCAGGAGCCCAAGACAAUGUUUCAGUUUCCCAGGGUAUGCGAAUGAUGUUUUACAUAAUGAAGCCCAGUGAAACUGCCUUCCAAACUGUUGAAGAGGUGCCUGAUUACGUUAAGAAGGCAACUCCAUUUUUCAUCUUCUUGAUUUUGCUUGAACUAGUCAUCAGCUGGAUUCUCAAAGGGAAACCAUCAGGUCGUUUGGAUGAUACUCUCACAUCUAUGUCAGCUGGUGUUGUGUCUCGGCUUCCAAGUCUGUUCUUCAGAAGCCUUGAAGUGACCAGCUAUAUUUAUAUCUGGGAGAACUACAGGCUUUUUGAAUUGCCUUGGGAUUCUCCAUGGACAUGGUAUUUAACCUUCUUAGGAGUUGACUUUGGCUACUACUGGUUCCACCGCAUGGCACAUGAGAUUAAUAUUAUCUGGGCAGCACACCAAGCACACCACAGUUCUGAAGACUAUAACUUAUGCACGGCACUGAGACAGUCUGUCUUGCAGCAGUAUAGUUCCUGGGUUUUCUACUGUCCCCUGGCUCUUUUCAUACCACCUUCGGUGUUUGCUGUUCAUAUUCAAUUCAAUCUCCUCUACCAAUUUUGGAUCCACACAGAGGUCAUCAGAAGCCUGGGCCCUUUGGAAAUGGUCCUUAACACUCCUAGUCAUCACAGAGUUCACCAUGGCAGAAAUCGUUACUGCAUAGAUAAAAACUAUGCUGGCACUCUUAUUAUUUGGGAUAGAAUAUUUGGGACGUUUGAAGCAGAGAAUGAACAGGUCAUAUAUGGUCUAACCCACCCCAUUAGUACAUUUGAGCCAUUCAAAGUGCAGUUUCACCAUUUACUCUAUAUAUGGACUACAUUCUGGGCCACACCUGGAUUCUGCCAUAAGUUUUCUGUCCUAUUUAAAGGACCAGGAUGGGGUCCAGGUAAACCAAGACUUGGCCUGAGUGAAGAAAUUCCAGAGGUUACAGGAGAGGAAGUCCCUUUCUCAUCAGCAGCAUCUCAGCUCUUGAAGAUAUACACUGUCCUUCAGUUUGCAGUAAUGCUGGUAUUUUAUGAAGAGACCUUUGCAAACACAGCGGUACUGUCUCAGAUCACUCUUCUUCUGAGAGUCUUCUUCAUUAUAUUGACCUUGACAUCCAUUGGUUUCCUUCUGGAUCAAAGACCCAAGGCAGCUAUUGUAGAAACUCUCCGGUGCCUGUUGUUCCUAACCCUGUACAGAUUGGGUCACUUAAAACCUCUUAUUCCAUCCUUAUCAUUUGCAUUUGAGAUUUUCUUUUCAAUUUGCAUUGCUUUCUGGGGCAUAAGAAGCAUAAAACUACUCACCUCUGGAUCUUGGAAAAAUCCUUAAUGCACACAGGCCCACAGGUCCUGUCAGUUGCCCAUACUACAUCAGUAAGACAUGGAGAGAGAUCGGUAUCUUACAUGGCAUCCAUGCUACGUCACUGAAACAGAGAGAUCGGUAUCUUAUAUGAUACCCACAGAAGUUACUUAACUA